UAAAAACAGUUGACGUAGCUAUUGGUUUGGAAAGACUAGUCUGAUAGCAAACGUAAAGCCAAACAAAUUUUGUUUUUCAUUUAAAAUGUAUUAUCUUUCAUAUUUUUGAAAAACAAAUUUAUGUCUAAAAACUAAAAAAAAAACACAAUUAAUUACAAUUCAUGAGUACAAAUUAGAUACUUAGAAAACAGCUAAAUAUGCCGCUUCCCACAUACGAUGUGCUACUAGAGUCUACAGCAGUAGUCAGUACGGUUUUACAAUUUUUGUCUGGAGUAAUUAUAUGCCGUAAAUACAUACAAAAGAAAAGUACCGGCGAAUCAUCAGGACUACCUUUUAUUUGUGGAUUCCUUUCAACUUCAUUUUGGCUUCGUUAUGGUAUGCUCACUAAUGAACGUAGCGUUAUAUUGGUCAAUAUAAUUGGGUCCUUCCUUUUCCUAUGCUACACAAUGAUAUACUAUAUUUUCUCUGUAAACAAAAAGUCCUAUAUGCGACAAUUUGGCUUUGUAUUAUGCAUUUUGUUUAGUGUUUGGUACUAUACUAAUUUGGUUGAAAUCGAAGCGGAAAAAGUUCGUAUUAUGGGUCUGGUCUGCAGUAUUGUUACAGUGUGCUUUUUUGCAGCUCCUCUAACAAUGCUAAUUCAUGUGAUACGUGUAAAGAAUUCAGAAAGUUUACCCUUUGCACUGAUUGUAAUGACAUUUCUAGUGUCCAUACAGUGGGUCAUAUACGGUGUCGUCAUAUCAGAUACUUUUAUACAGAUACCAAAUUUUCUUGGAUGUUUACUUUCAAUGCUGCAACUUUGUCUAUUCGUUGUAUACCCACCUAAAACCUAUUCUGGCCAAGGCUAUCGCUUGGUUGACCAAGCUCCUAUAUUUUGAAAGCAAAAAUAUAGUUGGCAUCUAAAAUAUAUUAAUCGUCGUUGUAACGAUGAAACAAAUAAUUUUA